AUGGUCGAUUACAAGUACGGAGUCGUCAUCGACUCAGGAUCCUCGGGAUCAAGAAUCAUGGUCUACCGAUGGAUCAACCCGGCAUCUGCCAAGGAUAUUCUGCCGUCAGAGCUUCCAGACAUGUAUUUUGACCGUGUGCCGGUGAUCAGUCUGGAAGAUAAUUGGACCACGAAAAUCACGCCUGGAAUACUGACUUUUGGGUCGAAACCAAAGAAAGUGUGGAAUGGUCACUAUCGAAAACUUAUCCAAUUUGCUGAAGGAAUUGUUCCCGCAGCGCAGAUCCCAGAAACUCCCAUCUAUGUCUUGAGCACUGCUGGAAUGAGACUUCUUCCUGAGAAACAGCGCUCAGAUGUAUUGCAUCAAACUUGUAAACUGAUCCAGCGCAAUUCGCGAUUUCUUCUACCGGACUGUUCCGAGCAUGUCAAGGUCAUUGAUGGGUCAACAGAGGGGACCUAUGGCUGGCUAGCCUUGAACUACUUGAUGGGGCUGUUCAAUAGACACUCUACAUCUGAGUCCGUAGGGUUCUUAGAUAUGGGUGGUGCAUCUACACAAAUUGCAUUCGUUCCAUCGGAGGCUGAGAUUUCCAAACAUGAUGAGGAUUUGGCCACAGUGGUCUUGAGGAAGAACGAUGGAAGUUCCCAUACGUGGCGUUUAUUUGUAGAAACAUGGCUCGGUUUUGGCGCUAACCAGGCUCGUGCGCGCCACUUGAAUGCCUUGAUCAAUUUAUAUGUCGGUUCUAAUCCAGUGACCAAACGGAAGGUGAUCAAGGAUCCAUGUAUGCCUGCUGGCGCGUUACUCAAAGACUACGAGUACCAGGGUCAGAAAUACUCCAUUCAAGGUACCGGUAGCUAUGAGCAGUGUCUUCGUGAUACUUAUCCUUUGUUGAUGAAGCAUCUCCCUUGUAAAGAGGAUCCUUGUCUCUUCAACGGUGUCCAUGCCCCGAAAAUGGAUUUCGAAAAAGACAAGUUCGUUGGGAUUUCUGAGUACUGGUACUCUGCCAAUGAUAUUUUCCAUAGCGGUGGUGAAUAUAACUUCCACACGUUCAAUGAGAAAGUCAAGACAUUUUGCGAUAGCAACUGGGAUACUGUUAGGAGAAACUCAAAGAAGGGCGACUACCUGAAAUUGCCGGAGAGAGCAUUGCUUGAUGCAUGUUUCAAGGCUACUUGGGUUCUCAAUGUUUUACAUGAAGGUUUUGGAUUGCCUCGCCUCAAUGUUGAUAUAAAGGAUCCAGGAGAAAUGGAAACAGACAAGGAAGUAAAGAAAGUCCAUGUUCCUUUUAAGUCCGCUCAAUCAGUGGAUGGAAAAGAGCUCUCUUGGACACUCGGAAAAAUUCUUUUGGUUGCAUCAUCCCAAAUUCCAACUCAAGAUGCAAGACCCGUUGGUAUCACAGGAAAAUCGCUAGUUGAUAUCGACUAUGAUUCUGACGAUGAAAUAUCAAAAAAUAGUAUCGCAGUUCUCUGGUGGUGGUUUUUUGCAUUUGUGAUCAUCCUGGCCUUAUUAAGAUUCGAGCGGAGACGCUUGAGAAGAUUCUACUCCGAGGUGAUGAACGUCGCACCACGAAACGUGAAGCCUAAAUUCAAGAAUGUUCUUGCUUCUCUUCGGAAUUCGAGCCCAGAGUUUUUGAAACCUCCAAUUCUGAAGAUCAUUACGUAUAUGGAGGUGCAAUCACAAGUUGAAAUGGACAUGCGUUUAGAAGAAGGCUCCGCAAGAGCAUCGCCACGAAUUGCUCCUCAGCAAUCGUUUCUUAGAACAAGAUCAUCCAUAAAUUUGGCGACUGACGGACAGAACCCUUCACUGAAUCUUGAAUUUAUGAACAAACCUUUCCUCAAUCCCAAGACCGCAGCUUCACUCUAUCAACAGUAA